AUGACCGAACUCCUGAACAGCAUACUCACCGUGAUUAAGGUGUUCCAGAAAUAUGCCAAAGAGAAUGGGGACUCCACCUCACUAUGCAAGGAGGAGUUGAAGCAGCUGCUCUUUGCUGAGUUUGGAGACAUCCUCCAGAGACCAAAUGACCCAGAGACUGUGGAAACCAUCUUGAGCCUCUUGGAUAGAAACAGAAACGAGCAUGUUGAUUUUCAUGAAUAUCUCCUGAUGGUGUUCCAGCUAGCCCAAGCCUGCUAUCAUAGGCUGGAUAAUGAAUCAAGUGGAGAUAGAACCUCUCAGCAAGAAAGGAAGCAGGAGGAAACACAAGACCGUAAGUUUCCAAGAAAUACAGGCAGACAACACAGGAAGAGGCUUGAGGGAGAAAGGCAGGAUUCCUGCCACAGUCAGUCUGAGAAGCAAAGCCAGGAAACCCACCAAGAUCAAUCUGAGAGAGAAGACAAGGACUCUCACUAUGGUCAGACUGAGGGACAAGACAGGGACUCUCAUUAUGGUCAGAUUGAGAGACAGGAUCAGGACUCCAGCUCUGGUCAAAGACUGAGUAAUAAAUCUGGCAGUGGCAAUCCUGAAAGACAAGGCUAUGUCUUUGCCCUAAAUCAGUAUGAGAAACAACUUCAAGAUUCUCAUUAUGGCCAAUCUGAUAGGCUUGGACAACAGUCAAGCUAUGGCCAGUCUGGAAGACUUAGAGAGGACCCUAAGUAUAGCCACACAAACCAACAGGAAUCGGGCUCUUAUAAUGAACAGUCUGGAAGGCUGGGUCAGGAAUCAGGCUGUGGUGAGAGAAAUAGGCAAGAAUUGGAUUCUCACUAUGGCCAGACAGACAGACAAGGUCUGAGCUCUCACUAUAGCCAGACAAGGCCAGACAGACAAGGCCAGAGUUACCAUUAUGAUCAGACAGACAGACAAGGCCAGAGCUCUCACUAUGGCCAGACAGACAGACAAGGCCUGAGGACUCAAUACGGUCAGAGAGACAGACAAAGCCUGAGUUCUCACUAUGGCCAGACAGACAGACAAGGUCUGAGCUCUCACGAUGGUCAGACAGACAGACAAGGCCAAAGAUCUCACUAUGGUCAGACAGAUAGACAAAGCCUGAGCUCUCACUAUGGCCAGACAGACAGACAAGGCCUGAGCUCUCACAAUGGUCAGACAGACAGACAAGGCCUGAGCUCUCACGAUGGUCAGACAGACAGACAAGGCUGGAGCUCUCACGAUGGUCAGACAGAUAGACAAGGUCUGAGCUCUCAUGAUGGUCAGACAGACAGACAAGGCCAAAGAUCUCACUAUGGUCAGACAGACAGACAAGGCCUGAGCUCUCACUAUGGCCAGACAGACAGACAAGGCCUGAGCUCUCACUAUGGCCAGACAGACAGACAAGGCUGGAGCUCUCAAUAUGGUCAGACAGAUAGACAAGGUCAAAGAUCUCACUAUGAUCAGACAGAUAGACAAGGCCUGAGUUCUCACUAUGGUCAGACAGACAGACAAGGCCUGAGCUCUCACUAUGGCCAGACAGACAGACAAGGCCUGAGCUCUCACGAUGGUCAGACAGACAGACAAGGCCUGAGUUCUCACUAUGGUCAGACAGACAGACAAGGCCAGAGUUCUCGCUAUGAUGAGACAGACAGACAAGGCCUGAGCACUGGAUAUAGUCAGACAGACAGACAAGGUGUGAACUCCCAAUAUGGUCAGUCAGAGACUGGUGAAACUAGGCAAAAUAGGUGCUUCCAAGGGAGCGAGGGAAAAAGCAGAGACUCACGUGUUGAGCAAUCAGGAAGGCCAGGAAGACCAAGUCAACAGACUCAAGGACAGGAAGUAAACCGAAAUCAGGGACAGAGAUUCCAGACAAGGGAAGGGCAGCAGAACAGUCACCAGGCAUGGGAGUCCGAAGUGGAUAGCCAACACAAACUAGUAGCACAAAUUCAGCAAGAAAGGCCACCCUGUCACAAAGGGAGAGGCUGGCAAUCACACAGUAGUGAGCAGGGCCACAGACAGGACCAGACCAGGCAGAGUCAUGGUGAGAAGCAGAGCCACCAGGCAGAGGAAGAGCAGGACCACCAGAGCCGCAGUAGACACAGUCAUGAGGGUCAGGAAACUCCAUGUGAGACAUGGGACAGGGAAACCCAUGAAGAUGAGCAGACCCGUCAGGGACGAGACAGGCAGACUCAUGAAGAUGAGCAGACCCGUCAGAGACGAGACAGGCAGACUCAUGAGGAUCAGCAGACCAGUCAGAGACGAGACAGGCAGACCCAUGAAGAUGAGCAGACCCAUCAGAGACGAGACAGGCAGACCCAUGAGGAUCAGCAGACCCGUCAGAGACAAGACAGGCAGACUCGUGAGGAUCAGCAAACUGGUCAGAGACGAGACAUGCAAAUCCAUGAAGAUGAGCAGACCCAUCAGAGACAAGACAGGCAGACUCAUGAAGAGGAUCAACACUGUCAACAACAGGAUAGGCAAACCCAUAAGGAUAAAGAGAGGAAGAAAAAAAUGUCUCCACUUCUGAGAAGCAUCUUUAACAUCACUAAGAUUUUCAAUCAAUAUGCCUCACAUGAUUGUGAUGGGACAACACUAAGCAAGAAAGACCUGAAGAAUCUGCUUGAGAGGGAAUUUGGAGAUAUCCUUCGGAGACCACACGACCCAGAAACGGUAGACCUGGUCCUGGAACUUCAGGAUCGCGACCGUGACGGGCUAAUCGAUUUCCAUGAAUUCCUCGCGAUCGUUUUCAAAGUGGCUGCAGCUUGUUAUUACGCUCUUGGCCAGGCUUCGGGGCUAAAUGAGAAGGGAGCCAAGCGUGAGGGAAAGGGAAACUCGUUACAAGAUCGCAGGAGGGAAGACCAAAGGAGAUUCGAGCCCCAGGACAGACAACUAGAAGAACGCAGGCUGAAGAGGCAGGAACUGGAGGAGCUCGCGGAGGAAGAGGAGCUGAGGGAGAAGCAAGAAAGACUUGAGCAGAGGCUGCAAAGGCGAGAACAAGAAGAGUGUGGUGAGGAAGAGCUGCAGCAAAGGCCCAAGGGUCGGGAGCCGGAGGAGCUUCUGAACCGAGAGCAAAGGCUCGAGAGGCAGGAGCAACGGGAGCGACAGCGCCUCCAGGUGGAACAGCAACAGUGGCAAAGGGGAGAGCUGCGCGAGCGCCAGGAAGAGCAGCUCCAAAGGCGGGAGACUCAGGAGCUCAAGAGGGAGCGUCUGCAGGAAGAGCUGCAGCUGCAAAGGCAGAGGCGCGAGCGCGAGGAGCGGCUCUUGGAGCAGGAGAGGAGGGAGCAGGAGCUGCGGCGCAAGGAGCAGCAGCUAAGGCGCGAGCAGGAGGAGGCGACGCAGGAAGAGAUCAGUGAGCGGGGCGAGAGCCGCACCUCGAGGUGUCAGUGGCAGCUAGAAAGUGAGGCCGACGCCCGUCAAUGCAAAGUCUACUCCAGGCCCCGCAGGCAAGAGCAGCAGAGGCGCCGCCAGGAGCAGGAGCUGCUCGAGAGGCAGCAGGAGCAGCAAACCCGCGAGGAGGUGCAGAGCCUUCAAGAAGACCAGGAGAGGCAACGACGCAAGGAAGAGCAGCACUACGACCAAAACUGGAGGUGGCAACUAGAGGAGGAAAGCCAGAGACGCCGCUACACACUGUACGCCAAGCCAGCUCAACGGGAGCAGGUGAGAGAGGAAGGGCAGCUGCGGCUUGAAGAGGAGCAGCUGCAGCGGGAAAAGAGGCGCCAGGAGCGAGAAAGGCAGUAUCGGGAAGUGGAGCUGCAGCGGGAGGAAGAGCGACAACAGCGGGAGGACCAGCAGCUGCAGAGAGAGGAACGCGAGAAGAGGCGCCAGGAGCGCGAGAAGCAAUAUCUAGAGAAAGUGGAGCUGCGGGAGGAGGAGCAGCUGCAGAGAGAGGAACGCGAGAAGAGGCGCCAGGAGCGCGAGAAGCAGUAUCUAGAGAAAGUGGAGCUGCGGGAGGAGCAGCUGCAGAGAGAGGAACGCGAGAGGCAAUAUCUAGAAAAAGUGGAGCUGCAGGAAGAGGAGCUGUUGCAGAGAGAGGAACGCGAGAAGAGGCGCCAGGAGCGUGAGAGGCAGUUUCUCGAGAAGGAGGAGCUGCAGCGGCAGGAAGAGCGACUGCAGAGAGAGGAACGCGAGAAGCGGCUUCAGGGACGCGAAAGACAGUAUCUAGAGAAGGUGGAGCUGCAGAGGGAAGAGGAGCAGCUGCAGAGAGAGAAGAGGCGCCAAGAGCGGGAAAGACAAUAUCGGGAAGAGGAGCUGCUGCGGGAGGAGGAGCGACUGCAGAAAGAGGAGCAGCAGCUGCAGAGAGAGGAAUGUGAGAAGAGGAGGCGCCAGGAGCUCGAGAGACAGCUAGAGAAGGAGGAGCUGCAGCGCCUGGACAGGAAGAGGCAACUGCUGGAUGAGGAUCUGCUCCAAAAUGAAGUUCGUGAUAACAGGGUUUACUCCAAACACCGAGAGAACAAAGAAAAGAGCCGGCAACUGGAUGAUUCCUGGGUGCGGGAGAGCCAAUUCCAGCAGGAUCGGCGGCCCCUGCAGGACGAACAAGAAGAGAAAAGAGAACGCGAGCAAGAGAGGAGCCGGCAAAAGCGUGACAGGCAAUUCCCAGCUGAACAACUGCUGGAGCGAGAGCAGCAAAAGGAAACCGAAAGGCGAGAUAGGAAAUUCCGAGAGGAAGAGCAGCUGCUGAAAGGGGAAAGAGGGGAGAAAAUACACUAUCCGGAAGAAGACAGAAAGUUCCGCGAAGAGGAACAGCAGCUGCGCCUCCUGGAACGAGAUAGAAAAUUCCGCGAAGAACAACUGAGCCGCCAGGAACGAGACAGAAAAUUCCGUGAGAAAGAGCAGCUCCUGCAGGAAAGGGAAGAACAGCUGCGCCGCCAGGAACGCGACAGAAAGUUCCGCGAAGAGGAACAGCAGCUGCGCGGCCUGGAACGCGAGCAACAGCUACGCCAGGAACAAAAUAGAAAAUUCCGCGAAGAACAGCUCCUGCGAGAAAGGGAAGAACAGCUGCUCCUCCAGGAGCGGGAGUCGCAGCUUCGCCAGGAGCGCGACAGGAAGUUCCGUGAGGAGGAACAGCUCCUGAGAGAAAGGGAAGAACAGCUGCGCCGCCAGGAGCGCGACAGGAAGUUCCGUGAGGAGGAACAACUCCUGCGAGAGAGGGAGGAACAGCUGCGCCGCCAGGAGCGCGACAGAAAGUUCCGAGAAGAGAAACAGCUCCUCCGAGAAAGGGAAGAACAGCAGCUGCGCCGUCAGGAACUUGAGGGGGUCUUCUCCCAGGAGGAACAACUGAGGCGCGCCGAGCAAGAGGAAGAACAGAGACGUCAGAGGCAGAGAGACAGGAAAUUCCUCGAGGAAGAGCAGAGCCUCCAGCGCGAGCGAGAGGAAGAAAAGCGCCGCGUCCAGGAGCAGGACAGGAAGUUCCUCGAGCAAGAAGAGCAGCUGCACCGCGAGGAGCAGGAAGAGCUGAGGCGCCGGCAGCAGCUAGACCAGCAGUACCGGGAGGAGGAGCAGUUUGCUAGGGAGGAGAAGAGGCGUCGUCAGGAACAAGAAUUGAGGCAAGAAGAGCAGAGACGCCGCCAGGAGCGGGAGAGGAAAUUCCGGGAAGAAGAACAGCUCCGCCGCCAGCAGCAGGAGGAGCAGAGGCGUCGCCAAGAGCGCGACGUGCAGCAGAGCCGCCGCCAAGUGUGGGAGGAAGACAAGGACCGCCGGCAGGUCCUGGAGGCUGGCAAGCGGCAGUUUGCCAGUGCCCCGGUGCGCUCCAGCCCACUCUACGAGUACAUCCAAGAGCAGAGAUCUCAGUACCGCCCUUAAGAGAUGCUGCCAAAUCCCGACACCUGCUGAAGCUUCGAGCAAAGGAAAAUGAGAAUCACUGAGUACCAAUAUGACUCUGGUUGUGGGAAAACUUUGGUGUUAGAAUAACUCUUUUUUACAAAAUCUUAAACUAUACUUUUUCAUGUGCUUUGUACUUCUGCCUUUUAUUCUUCCUUAAAUAGUUCUUUAGGAUGUCUUUGCUCUUUGGUGCAGAUGUGGUGUGCAUUUUUAAAAAACAUAAAAGCCAUUUAAUUUGUUUAAGGAAUUUUGUUUGGGGAACACGUUCAUUCAUUGCUUUCAGAAGUAACAAAAAUAUUAUGUACAUUUGAGAUUCAAAAGAAUGGGUCAGGUUUUUAUUUGUUGACCCAUCCUGUAGAGAGCUCAGAUAUUUUUUAUGUUCAAGUUGAUAUUUCUUCCUGGCCUAAAUUAUGUUAAUGUAUAUCUCCAAAUAGCCUUCCCCUUUUUGUGGCAUAAUUAGCACAGAUUCUGCAAGGGGACUGAAUUUUUCUAAGAACCCCUGAAUAGUGCAGGAGCAGGAGGAAUGGCUUCUCUAGAAAAAGUCACUGUGAAUUCAGCCCAUACUUGGAAGAAAUAUCUAUAAGACUUGGAAUCUGAAUUAGAUUUCUUUUACACUUAACUCCAUAAAUAUUUAAAAUAUCAUGAAGCAAAAGCAAGGUGUUUCUCAAACAACUCCAGAGCUCAAACUUUAAAACCAUGUCUGCUGUAGCCUGUAGCAUUUAGUUCCUUUCCCCCAGUCUUGGAUGAGCUUGAGAAUAUUACUGCCUUUGUUAAUUUUAGCUGAGAAGGGACUUGCUCAGGAUCCUGUAAACAUCUGUCUUGCUCUAGAGCCAACAAGAGAUCACAGAGCAUUUGGGGGUGGGGAAAAGGGAAGUUUUGUGGACAGAGGGGGCAAGCCCCUAGAGGCCCUUUGACAAGCCCUGUCAACCCACAAUCCUUUGAGGCCUACUGAUACUACCUUGGAGACAUGUUAAAAUAAUUGGACUGUGUAAAAAAUUAAUAAUAAAUAUUUUGGCAAUUA